AGUUUCAUUCCGGUUUGAGCGAGCGUUUUAUUCACGUUUUUCUUUAGGAAAAAAGUCGCCGAAAUCAUCAUGUCACAAGCCCCAAAGCAAAUGCAGCAAUCAGGGGACAAAGACAAAGAGAAGAAGAAGAAAGAGACAAUUUUGGAUCUCGCCAAGUACCUCGACAAAACUAUCAGAGUCAAAUUCAGCGGUGGCCGAGAAGCUGCCGGCGUGUUAAAAGGAUACGACCCCCUGUUAAAUCUUGUACUGGAUGAUACAACAGAAUACCUCAGAGAUCCUGAUGAUCCAUAUAAGCUUACAGAUGACACGCGAUCUCUAGGAUUGGUGGUUUGUAGAGGGACCUCAGUUGUACUCAUCUGUCCUUCUGAUGGAAUGGAGGCUAUUGCCAAUCCUUUUGUUCAACAGGAAGGAUAGAAAGUGAAAGUGGAAGUCAAGGACUCAAAAGAAAGGAUGGAAAUUGAAAGUAGAAGAUGUCAAGGACAUGUUAUUUUAUGUCUUGUAUGCGAUUUGAGAAUUAGAAUGUUGAUGAAAGGCAGCAAAUGUUGAAUAUAUCAUGCAUAUGUUCACAUUGCUAUCAUAAUUAGUGACAUGAUGAUUUAAGGCAAGGAUUUAAAUUUUCACAAUUUGGUUUACAUUGUUCAUUUAUUAGUGUAUUAAACACAGGUACAUGUGUCUGUCAU